GUAUUGUGCGCGCGCGUUGUUUCCGCCAUCUUUAUUUCGCGGGACCUCUGCGUAUGAAACCGAAUUUGGAGCAAAUUUCUGCGGAUAUUUUUCUAAAUUUCGGCAAUAGACAGCGUUCGCCAGGUCACGAACUAACAGGCAUGGACGACGCAACUGGGAAAGCAACCAAGUUCCUGUUGAAUAUGCUUAAUAUCGGUGGAAAUGAUAAGGGUCCGGGGCCUACGACGGGUUCUGCUGAGCUGACAAAUGAAGAUGUAGAAAAAGAUGCAGAGGAGAACGCAAGCGAAUGUAGUGGCUCCUUUAUUAGUCCUACUGCGUCACCACUAAGACAGUCUACCAAGACCAUGUCAGAGAUGUCUGAAGGGGAAAUUACUAGCAGUCUCUUAGAUGGAUCAACACCCAGAAUCUCUUUACACUCUAUCAAACAGUUGAUACACUUGGCAGGGGAUGACCGUACCAGCAGCAUCUCUGUGUAUGGGAACCAGGUUGAAAUAGUGACUGGUCAAAGCGCCCUGGCAUCUUCCACAGCUACCGCAAGUAAUAAGAUAAAAAUCAACCCAAUGGUCAAUUAUGACUGGGAUAUGAAGUACUACAGAGGAAGUCUCAUUGCUCUUGGCAGCAAGUUUAUAGCAUACACACUGAAAGGUCGCAAUGGCUAUGUAGUGAGACUUCUCAAUCCAGAAACAGCCACUCGUGCAUUGAUCAAGGGGUUUAUCGGCCUAGUUACUGACCUGGCCUUUGCCCAUGCGAAUUCCAACACCCUUGCCUGUGUUGACGAGGGUGGUAAUGUUUAUGUGUGGAGUGUACAGGAAGAGGAUGGCAAAAUAGAAUAUAACCUAAAGCUAAGGGUUAACAGGUCACCUCAUCCAACGUCUGAAUACCACCGCGUCAUCUGGUCCCCCUACCUGCCAGAGGAAGGUGAAGUUGAUGUGGAUGAGAUGGAGGAGGAUGAGAGACCCCUUGCGGUCACCCAUCAUAACCAGGCUGAGGUGAUUGAUAUCCCUAUGGUGAUAGCGCGCUGUGGCUGUAAUGAGGUCACAGAAGGCAUGCUGCAAGAAGGAGAAGGGUACAUCCUUAUUUCUGAAGGACAUACAAAGCCAAUAACAGAUGCAUCUUUAUCUCCUGAUGGGGCCGUGCUGGCCACUGGUAGUGAGGAUGGUUACGUUCGAUUCUGGUCGGUAGGAGACAUGUUGCCUGACUCUGCCCCGUCCUGUCUUCAUGAGUAUCAGCCACAUGAAGGCUCACCCGUGUCUCUCCUUACCUUCUGCGAUAAUCAUACUGUGCAGGAAAAAGAUGUGCCCAUGUGGCGUUUUAUGGUGACCGGUGCUGAAUAUAACCGAGAAAUCAAGAUUUGGUGCACAGUAACAUGGACAUGCAUCCAGACACUAAGAUUUACCAGUCCUACAGCUGACAUUGCAAAUGUUCUGGGGGAGUCUUAUUUCAAAGCACGACUGGAUGCUACUGCAAAAUACUUGGUUUUUUCUGAUAUUGGUAGAAAGGUUCUGUACAUCCUUCUUGUCCACCAAGACAGAGAAGCAGGGAGGGCACACAUCUCAUCCAUCACAGAUUUCCAGCUGACACAGCCUCUGCUCAGUUUCAUGAUCACCAAAGCCAAGCUGUUCAAGACCAAACAAGACGUGAAUCAACAUCUGCAGAACGGAGAGGGCAGCAACGGCCAUGAUAUGAAUGGGGAUGACGUCCAUGACGAAGGAAUGGAGGAGCUUUUGGACGAGAGUGAACUUGAAUUUGAGGAGAGGAGGAAGAACUUGUUGGUGCAGCUCAGGCUGUAUUCUAUUCACACAAAAUCUCUACAGGAGCUCCUCGUUCACUUUCAGCCUGAACCAUCCAUUCCCCCACCCACUCCCUCAAACAUGUCUUCCAUUGUGACUUCCAUCGGACUAGGUGUGAAAGAUGGUCUGUCAGACCUGAGUGGUAUGGAAACAGGCACGGAGGCGAGCACUGAUGUUGACGAGUCAGAUCCUGGUCCUCCCGACACCCCAGGAUCAUCUCACCACAAACUAAUCACCCCCGAUGCCUUCACAAAGGGUUCCUCCCGCCCAGAGAGCAUGACCAGUAGCAUCACCACUGUAUCUGCCCUCCCCAAUGCCUCAGGGGUAGACAUGCCCCUAGACGGAUCAGUAUCCUCCAAUCUCUCUGACACCACCGUCAAGUCGAGCCUCGCCGAGUCCCUCAGAGACACACCUAGGAGCUCUUUUAGUGACAAUAGGGUUCUCACACCAACAUCACUGCCGCUUCCACCGACUCCACCCUCACAGCCACCUCCAGAGGUUCCUACCUCACAGGCACAUCCAGACAAGAGGAGUCUUUCACCAACUUCUCUUCCUAUUCCGGACACACCUCUUCUCUCCGCUGCCCCAGAUGCGAGCAUGGUUCCCAUCCCUAAGUUUCAGUCCCUUCUUGAUGAUCAAACAAAUUCUGAAGACGAUAUUGCUGGUUUAAGCUCGGAAAUAAGUAAUAACAAAAAGGAGGAGGGUGGAGGUCUAGAGGGUACAACUCAGAGGCAGUCUGUAAGCUCCUCCACAAGUUCUACACCUAAAGAACCGAUACCAAUUAAAGAGGUUUUGGCAAUGGAUUCAAGUAGCAGUGAAGGUGCAGUCAAGUUAGAAGACAGGAGACACAGAAAUGCUAGUGAGGAAAGUGAGGAAGCAACAGAGGCCUGGUCCACCCCAAUAGCACAGACAAGAACAAUUACAGACAUUCAAAAGUCAAAACCCAAGCAUAAUCUAAUUACAUCACCAGCAACUGCCAGAGUGGAUAUUCCUCCAGAUUCAACUUCAGCAGUGCGACCAGAGGACCCCUCCAUCUUACAACUGAUAGAGCUAAUCCAGCAACAGCACAGUGAGAUAAGUAGACUGCGAGCAGAGUUGAAAGAGUCCCAGGAGCAACAUCGAUAUGAGGUGACACGCCUACUGCAAGGAGAGAUCGGUAGGCUGGAGGACACCGUCACAGAGAGGCUGCGUGAAGCUCUCGCUCACCACAGUCUUGAGGAGAACCAGAGAUUAGAGAAAGCUCUUCGGGAUAAACAAUCUCAAGACAAGAAACGUCACGAGCAGCUCACAAGCACACUCUCGCAGUCAGUGACCAACGCCCUGACGGGUAAGCUGGAGAAGACAGUUAAACAGGAGGUCAAGGGGAGUGUAGUCCCCGCUGUACAGAAAGCUAUGGUACCAGUACAAGAUCAGCUAAACACCACCAUAGCCCAGAAACUUACAGCAGCAGAUGCUGUUUUCAAGGACAGCGUUGGCAAAAUGAUGAAAAGCAAGGCCGUUAUAGAUUCCAUUGGCAGCUCAGCGGCUGCAGCCCUUCAGGGCCCCAUACAGGGGUCGUACCGCGAGGCCUUCCAAAGCACAAUCCUUCCGGCCUUUGAGCGGUCCUGCCACUCCAUGUUUCAGCAGAUUAAUGACGCAUUCCAUAGAGGGACUCAGCAAUACCUGGAAAGAGUCACUGCGACUCUUGAAAACCAGCGCCGCGAACAGCAGGAAGCCCGCGAUCCUGUUGUCCAGCAGCUACAGGCGCAAGUCCAGUCAUUCCAGUCCGAGUCGCAGAGGCUUCGCAACACCAUGACGACCAUGACGUCAGAAAUGACGUCAGAGAUGGAGGUCUUGUUACAGAAACAGCUAGCAAGCUCAAUGCACAGUUUGCGAGAGGAGUUAGUGUCCAAGCUUGAGACCCAGGUGACCUCCAACAUUCAGCAAGUGAUCCAGGAAGAGAUUCGUCUUGGUAUGCAAGACUUGGGCCCACGCUACCAGCCAGAUCCCCCCGCCAAAAUGGGCACGCGACAUGACUACGAGCAGAUCCAGCGGCGUAUACAAGUGUGUCUUAGCGAAGGUCAAGUGGCCAUGGCUUUUCAAGAGGCGCUGACUGCCGCUGACCUGAGCCUGGUUACCAUGGUGUGCGAGUCGGUGGAUGUGAAUGAGCUGUUCUCACAGACCGAGCCACUCCCCCUCUCGCAGCCUGUCCUUCUGUCGCUCAUCCAGCAGUUAUCCGUGGACCUGCUUACCAACACACAGCUCAAACACAGGUAUCUCGAAGAGGCUGUCAUGGCUCUCGACACCACGAAUGAAGUAACCAGUGAGCACAUGCCAGCCGUGAUCCAAGGCCUGGUCGAACAACUCACUAUAGCCAUCCCUCAGUGCAGCGGUCCUACCCAACGGAGUCUGCGCAUGUUACUAAUGGCUGCCCAGUCCCUCACUUCACGAUAGAAAGGCCUGUCGAACAACUCACUAUAGCCAUCCCUCGGUGCAGCGGUAUUUCCGAACGGAGUCUGCAAAUGGCUGCCCAGUCCCUCACUUCACAGUUGGAAGGCCUGGUGGUACAGCUGAAUAUGGUCACCCCUCCGUUCAGCGUUAUCACUCAGUGACGUCUGCGCACGCAACCAUGGUUACCAUCACUCAUUUUACGACUAAGUCGGCACUCCCUUUCUAUAAUCUCGCCCAUGUGCGUCACUCGCAUCGAGUCAAGAUUCAUAUUAAUCGUUUGAUAGAUUAGGUUUACUCGAACCAUCGUUCUAGUUAAUAUGACUGUUGGUCACGGUUAUGUGCGGGACUGUUGGUCACGGUUAUGUGCGGGACUGUUGGUCACGGUUAUGUGCGGGACUGUUGGUCACGGUUAUGUGCGGGACUGUUGGUCACGGUUAUGUGCGGGACUGUUGCCAAUGUGUCCAAUAUGAACCUGUAUACUGGUCCAUUUCAAAGACUUGUAAAGGUAGACUAAUCUGUUCAUUGGUAAAAAUUUGGGAUUGUUUGUAUGUCGCUCGUACUGAAACAAGGCCCCGAGAAGAGUAGUCUGCUUACUAGCCUCUUAUAGUAUCACGCACGCCUUCCCACUAGGAGGUGUGCGUUUCACUAAAAGCGGCUGGCGUGCGUGACACUAAAAGCGGCUGCUAAGCAGACUAUGAGAACAGUUGACGAGUCGUGUCUUUUUGCACCCAUCUCGGCCCCCUUUUCUAGUCAUGGAAGUGUCGAGCAGUACAGAAAGUCAUAUAUUUUCACUUGGAGGACUUGCUUAUUGUUUAGACUUUUCCAUCUUUAUUGUUGUUAGAUUGAAUUGUAGAAUAUAUAUUACAAAACAAGUAUAUAAAAAGUUAAUCUGAAUUCAAGCUUACUGACCUUGGGUAUAUUUUUAGGGAGGUAAUCAUUAAGUGUUCUCCGACAAUGUUAUCGACUCUUAUUUGGAUUAACCUCGAUCCACCCACUUUCUAAGAAAGGUUCUUAGAAAAUUGCUAUACUUGAAUUUUAGAUUUUGAUAAACAAACACAAACAAAUGAUUGCAUUUCAAUAGCGAAAAUAUCUGUAACUUAUCUGCACUUCAACAACGCUUCACGAAGCUCAAGUGUGAAUUAGUGUGUGAGAGAUGACAGUUAAACCCCAGCUAUUCUAAUACUACAUAGGCUAAUCUUGGGAUAUAGGAUAAUUGUACUCCAAAGUGAGGUCUAAUGCUUGUUAGAGUUGGAUUAAACAUGUAUUCCUA